AUGAACACUCACAAUAAUUUGAUAGGUUUAAAAGCAACAUCCAGCAAGGCGCUUAACUCAUUUCGCCAAUAAACUUCAAAUGCUGGAAGAAAUUCUUCCUCAAAGUCAAGAUCAUCUAAAAAACUUAAACUGUCUCAUGCACUUAAACAGGCUUAGUCUUUUUAGUUUUACGACGAUAAAUAGCUAGCACAAUAGAUACUAAAUGGAGAUUUAGAUACUCUUAAACUUUUCUCAAAAGUGAGUGUGAAUUGGAGAACUUGGGUAUCCAAAGAACAUCAAAUGCCCUUAAUCCAUCUUGUGAUUUAAUCUAGAUAGUCGAAAUCUCUUGAAUACUUAAUUGAAAAAGGAUUUAACUUAGACUAAAAAUCCAGUACAAGAGAGGAAACUCCUCUGCAUUUGAGUUGUCGGUUGAAUAUAUGUGAGAUGGUAAAAAUUUUACUUUAAAAUGGGGCAAUAGCAAACGUUUAAGAUACUGAAAAAUUAACUCCACUGCAUCUAGCAAUGAAAAGUGAAUGCUUAGAUUGCAUUCAGCAAUUGGUAUCUUAUGGUGCUAGCAUGAAAUUAAGAGAUCAUCAGCACUAUUCUCCAAUGCACUAUGGUAUAAUUUAUGGAUAAGGUAGUGGUCUCGAGACUCUUCUUUAAUUAGGAGUAGAUCCUAAAGAAGAAUGGAAGAAAAGAUAUUAUCCUAUUCAUCUAGCAGCACAAAGAGGAUCAAUUAAUAAGGGUCAAUGGAUUGCGUAAGGUUAUUGGUUGAAGCUGGCCAUCCUAAUAAUCAGUUAAGGCUUCCAAAUCCAGAAAAUUUCUUUACAUUAAGUAGUUAAAACUAAUUACUUCACUCAAACUUUACCAAUGAUAUGGGAACUUUGCCAUGUAAAUAUCUAUUAUUGCAUAAAUCCCAAAUUAGAGAUUGGUGGAACCAAAGAUAAUGAAAGCUAGCUAGGAGAAGAAAAGAAAACCAAUAGCAAUGACUCUAUGUAAAAUAACGGAAUGAAAUUUACAAUUCUUAACAACAAAAAAGGAGAAAAGCUUGUUGGAAUGACUCUCGACGAUGGUAGUACAGUGUAUGUAAAUUUGAAAAAAUUGAUGCAAAAUGAUAAGGCAUCUUAGAAGCAAUAGAAAAAUACAAAAGUUAUAGAUUAUAAGAUGAAUAGUGAUCCUAUGAGAAUAUCUGAACAUUUAACUAUAGGAGAUAGAAUUGGAGAGGGUGCUCACGCAUAGGUAUUUUGUGGUGAAUAUAUGGGAUCAAAGGUUGCAAUAAAGAGAUUUAGAAAUGAUGAUAAUCAUAGUCACAAAGCCUUUCUCACAGAAGUUGACAUCUUAAUGUCAUUUAAGGGCCAUCCAAACAUCAUACUAUUCCUUGGAGGAUUUAAGCAAGGUCCGUUUAGUUAUAUAGUUACAGAAUUCGCAAAGCAUUUAAAUCUCUCUAGUUACAUAAAGAAAAUUAAAAGGUAGGAAAAAGGAAAUAAGCAAAGAGAAAUAUUAACUCUAGAGAGUAAAAUUAGAUGGGCUCUUCAAAUUGCGAGAGGUGCUAAUUAUCUUCAUAAAUAAGAGCCUCAAAUACUGCAUCGAGAUUUCAAAGCAGAAAAUAUUCUCGUGAUCAGCAAUGAUUUAGUUAAAAUUUGUGACUUCGGACCAAUAGAUGAUAACUGGCAACAAACAGAGACGAUUGGCACAGUUCCAUGGAUGGCUCCAGAAUUUUUGAGCGACAAGAUUUUCACUCAUAAGUCUGAUAUUUACUCCUAUGGCGUAUUAUUAUGGGAAAUUUUCACAGAGGAUGAACUAUAUCCUGAAUUAAGACCUAUAUAGAUUCAUUUUCAAGUCAUUCAUAAUGAUUUAAGACCUGAGAUGCCAAAAGAUAUAAACUCAGAUAUUAAAGCUUUAAUUGAAAUUUGCUGGCAUAAAUUACCAGGCUAAAGACCUGAAUUUGAUUAAAUUAUAAAAAUGCUUAAGUAAUUAAAAAAGGAGAUCAAGCAAAGUAAAAUUUAAAAUAGCUAGAAAAAAAUGAAAUUAAAAAGUCCUACUGUGCUUAACUCAUCUCUUUGA